AUGCUCGAGACCGACCCCCUGACCCUGGGGAAGAGCCACAGCUUCCUGGAGCGAGGCAGCAGGCCCACUUCGAAGUUCAGGUUUUGGCGGGACGUCGUGGAGAGGCACAAGGCCAUGAGCGCCAUGUUCGAGUCCAUGUGGGAUCCCGCCGUAUGGGUGGUGGGUCCUCACGUGUUCAUCCUCUGCGCAUUCGGGAUCAUCGGAGUCGCGGGCACGGUGGAGGGCGCCAAGCAGCAGAACCCUGCAGCUGCGGGCGUGUGGCUGACCCUGUCGCUGGUCGCCAUCGUCGCGACGAAGCAGCUGCUGCAGAGGACCGAUGGCCUACGUGACCGAGAUGUGCUCGUCCGUGUCCUUGCUUCAGAGGAGCGUCUUUUCGCUGGUCAUCUCGCGGUGUGGCGAGUGCCCAUGGGGUACUGA